CGAGGCUGUGCUAACCGCGCCAAUUCCCUUGGAACCUCCUCAAUCAUGUCCCACAAACCGGACAAAGGCCUGGAGACAUGUCCGGCCUCGAAGUCGUCGGGAUCGCGGCGAGCAUCGUGCAGAUCGCCGAGAUCGGGACUCAGCUAGCAGUCAAGCUAUGCGCCUUCUACCACAAGAUCAAGACCGCCGACCAGCGGAUCCAGAAUCUGUCCAACAAUGUCGCCUUGACCAGCUCCGUGCUCAAGUUGCUAGGUGACAAUUUGCAGCAGGAUGAACAGGCCAAGCUGUACUCCAAACAAGCGUUCGGCACAACGCAGGGUGUCCUAGACGAAUGCAAGGGUGUCUUUGAGCAGAUCCGCGAUGCCCUCGAUCAGAGCCCGUCCAAGGGCCUGUUUCAGCGAGCGGCGAAGAAGUUGAGUUUUGUCGCGAUGGAGGGAGAACUAGAGCUUCUGGGACGGAACCUGGAACGACUAAAGUCCACGCUCCACUUGAUGCUCAACGUCAUUAUGUACGCGGGGCAAUUGCGGAGUCGCACAGAGCCAACCGCCCUCAAGGACCAGCGAGAUCUGAUUCAAUCGCUACUCGACCAUAAGAGAAUGUCCGAGCGACGCUUCGAAGAGAUGACCAAGGCUCUCGAAGGGGCGAAACUUGAUAAUGACCAGCCGAAAGGCCUCCAGCCGGAACAUCUCAUGUGCGCCGCCACGCUGCCGACCCCUACGAACAACCCUCUCGCGGAUCUGGGCAAAUACUACCUCUUGGUCAAAAAGCUGCUGGCGGACGUGGACAGCUACCGCGCUGGUCUUGAACAAACUCAGCAUAGUAGAGUCCGAAGCGGAGUCUUGCGCAUUCACAAUGAUGAAAUUCAGCGUAUGGAAGUCUCCCACGGUCCACAAAUGGCUCAGAUGUUUAGGAAUAGAAUCUAUGAGCUUUCCGAUCGACCUGCGGAUAUUGAGCAGCACAUCUUUGGGCCACCACCAAAGACCGAUGCCGAGCCCCCAAGGCCUGUGGAAGUUAGUCUGCCAACGCAACCCAAUAUCGCACAACCGCAAAUGCCUUCCCAAGAAGCUCAAUCCCGCCAUUUCCGGGGGCGCACCAUCGAGUUGUUGGCAGAAUCCAACGAGGGAGUAACCCAAAGCCGACCAAGUUCCACGAAACCACCCUACCAAGCAGCACCAGCACCUCAAAGUCCGGCACCUGUUCAUAACCCAUCUCCUCCUUUCCUCGAUACAAUCAGAGCUCUCGACCGGCUUUCUCCCGCGCAACUGAGUACACUCGACCGCUUGGCCGAGUCCAUACGUGAUCAAAUGGAGAAAUCCGCCUUGGAGAGGAUCGAAGCGCGGCUACACGUGGUCAACGCUGGCCGGUAUAAUGGAGAUAUCGUGCAACUUUUCUUUCGUCGCAAGGCUCUUGAGCAGCUUCAGAAACGUCGAAGUCAGAUGCAAAUGGGCUCCAACGGAAGCCCGGCUAUCGAUCCCAGGAACCUCACGAAUGGGGGCUCUCCGGACAUUUAUGGGCUACCCGCACAGCAGCAGCAGCAGCAGCAGCAGCGCCAGCAGCGCCAGCAGCGCCAGCAAAGAACACAACCUUUCACCAACCCCGUCUCCAUCCACCCUGCCCAAGGAAAUGUGGAUUUGGAUGGGUCAUACACCCAGGCAGAUGCCCCAGUUAGGAGGAGGGCCGCCCGUCGGAGCGUUGCGCUACAGCCAAGUCCCUAUGAUAACCUUUAUGCCGACCCCCUGGGAUCCAGUCAAACCAGCUCGCCGGUCCCCAAUCAACAACUCCCCGAACGCUCGGAGUAUCUACCCACCCCACGUUUUAUCUUAGACUGGCAAAACCAAUCUUCCUUGGAGCUGAUCCACCAUCGCAGCAGAUCCGACACCUCCGCGUCUUUCACUAGUAGUGGCAAUCAUGGAAUGGCCAAUCCCUCCCCCCAGGAAGACCGACAGCAAUCAACUUCUCCCCCGUUAUAUGGAUCUUCACCACGAGAACAAGAACACGGUUUCCUUGAAUGUCCUCGGAAGAAAAGGCGCACUCGUUUAAAUGACGGCUAUGGCUCGUCUCCAUCCUCGGUUUCACCUAGCUUCGAAACGGCCGUUGGUACUCCUUCCGAAGGAGUGGACGGUCCCAUCACCAAGGCUACACCUAACGAGGUCGACGAUCUGGUUCUCCAGUGGACGACUGUUGGUGGUGAUGAGAUCGCUACGGCUUUGCGAGUCGAUUAAGUUGGUAUGUCAUAUGAAUCAUAUCGGUGUGUGUAUUACACUGAAUGCAGGUGUUUAAUAUCUGGUAGUUUGGUU